ACAAUAUUAAAAAAUUUAAACAAAUCGACUAAAUAUAAGAUCGUUGUCCAGGCGUUCAACUCGAAAGGUGCCGGUCCACCAUCCGAGCCAAUUACAGUGGAAACAUUAACUGAAGAUUGUCCAAUGAGUCUAUCAUUGAAUCCCUUAAGUGUCAGCACUUCUAGUAUUGAUGUCGAAUGGAUUCGACCACCAAAUGAUGAUAAUUCAGUUUCUGAAUACAUAAUCGACUGUAAAAAUAGUAUCAAUUAUCAAAAACAAUUGAAACUAUCGAGUAAUACAACAAACUAUUUGUUUGAUAACUUACAAUGCGGUACAUUAUAUGAACUAUCGGUAAUGGCCUGCAAUCGGAUCGGUUGUAGUCCACGGCAUCAGAUAUCAGUGAAAACAGUGGGUAAUAGUCCACUGGCACCGGACAAGGAGUCACUACUGUCCGCAAUAAACUCCACUUWCGUAACAAUCAAUUUGUUUGCAUUCAACGAUAACGGUUGUCCACUACAGCACUUCCAGCUCAAGUACCGACAGCGACAACAACCCCAGUGGACACAGUAUCCACAGUUUAUACAUUCAACCCAACGAUCCGUACUAAUUGAUGGAUUACAGCCCUAUCAGUGGUAUUACAUACAGAUUACAGCCUAUUCACAGGCCGGCAGCUCACAGGCCGAGUACAGCUUCUUGACACUAAUGCAACCAAACUACAAUCUAAACGCUGAACUGAAUGAAGAGGCAGUAAUACUAAGCGAUUACAAGACAUCAGUACUGUUGGAGUUUGAAGUGAUUUUGCCGUUAACUUUGAGUGGUAUAGUCGUAGUCAUUGUUACACUACUGGUCUGUAUUGUUAUACAUAGACGACAUCCAAACGAUACAUUUAAUGGCUCAAAUGGCAAUCGUAUGACUAAUGGUAAGCAAAAUAUACUUAACGGUGGUAUAGGUAGUGGUGGUGGCUGUGGUGGUGGUAUAGAUGAUAAUAAUGUCAAUUUGUGUGAUAUGGAUAAGACAACUACCAGUAGUAGUGCUAAUCGUAAUCCAAUGACUACUAUACAGAGCACUGGUAGUGAAUAUCAACGACCAAUGCUAUUGAAUACCAGUGGCGGCGGCGGCGGCGGCGGUAAAUGCCUAUACUAUCCGACCCCAUACGCCACGACACAGAUUGACGAUAGUAUAACAUUUGUCGAUAAUAACGGAACCAUUAGAAAGAUGGCCACCGAUUGUGGCGGUGGUGGAGGUGGUGGCGGACACUACGCCACUGUCAAGAGGAUGACACCUAAAAUGCAUCCAAAAAGUGAUAUACAUCUCUAUAGUUAUGCGGUCAACUCUCAACAGUUAAAUGUUUCAAAAGACGAUUCAGAGUCACUGAUAACAUAUUUGGUUGAACCUAUUGGCGGAGCACCGGGAGGUGGUAGUGGUGGUGGUCAUGGAGGAGGAGGAGGACAUCCCGGUUAUGAUACCAAUACACUUAACCAUUGUUGCUCUUAUAUAGACAAUAAUAAUCAAACAACAAAACUUGACUUUUGAUACUACAGUAUAUGUUGUUAUUAUUAUAUAUAU